AUGGCCGCCACCUCAGCUCGAAUCGCAGUUGUCGGCGACGUCCAUGAUCAGUGGAAUCUAGAAGAGGACACAAAAGCGCUUCGAUUUCUGCAGGUCAGUUUGAGUGCAUUUGCGUUCUUGUUUUCUGAGCUUGUGCAGUACAAUCAGACCCAAGUUGACAACAUUGCUGAGCUAGAAAGAAGGCUGGAAGAUGCAGGCUAUGCUGUUGGAGCUCGAGUUCUGGAGCUUCUUUGCCAUAGGGAUAAGGGAAACAGAAGGGAGACACGAUUAUUGGGUAUCCUAUCUUUUGUGCAUAGCACAGUAUGGAAGGUGUUAUUUGGAAAGGUAGCUGACUCACUUGAGAAAGGCACUGAACAUGAAGACGAAUACAUGAUUAGUGAGAAGGAACUCCUUGUGAACAGAUUUAUUUCAAUUCCAAAAGACAUGGGAACCUUUAAUUGUGGAGCCUUUGUUGCUGGAAUUGUAAGGGGUGUUUUGGAAGGUGCUGGUUUUCCAGCUGUGGUAACAGCUCAUUUCGUACCAGUGGAAGGUCAGCAGCGACCUCGGACAACCAUUUUGAUAAAAUUUGCUGAAGAGGUACUACGAAGGGAAGCAAGGUUGGGUUGAUGCUGAGUCCACAAUCAUCAUAUCUUACAUCUCGCUUAAGAUUCCCCUUAUUAUGAUUGAAAGUAGUGAUCUCACAUCUGGGUUGUCAAACAAGUGACUUUUCACCUCGAAUCAUACUUGUGUUAGCUAUUUCGCGAUGCUGAUUUGAAAGUAGCAACGAUUGUAAUUUGUAAGCAUAGCUGUGAUCCAAUGAGGAGAGAAGUAGAAAAAGAACAAGGAAAGAUACAGUUACAGAUGCGUAUAAUUUUGUUAUUGGUAGGAACUUUGAUUUAUGGCCUUGUGGUUAAGCUGCAGAAUGUGGAUUAGUACUUCAAUCAACCACAAUAUCUUCUUAUGUAUUUAAUCUGUGUUGGUGCGGAAGAUUAGAGUUGGCUUGUUACUGAUAUUUUUUAUUUGCAUCUGCUC